AUGAAAAAAACAACAGCACUGUCAACGAUAAAUGUCACACGCAUUGAUUGUAUUCCGGAGGAACAGAUUUUGAAGGGAAUGAAUGAUCAGUUAUGUACGUCCGAAUUACAAGAAGCAAAUUUGUGUUCGGGUGGUAGUGGUUCCGGAUUAAUGUUCAAGACUGGAAAUGGGAUAUGGAAUGUUGCUGGAGUUGCUUCAGCCGGAACAGAUUGCCGAAUUAUUAACAUAGCAAAUAACAUGAAAAAUG